AUGUCAAAUUCAGAAGGUGUGAGCUUAUUAGAAAAUUUAAGAAAAGUUAUCACAUUAGUGGAUCAAUUAAGAGAUAUUGGUUUAAAUGAUUAUAUCAAAUUGCCAAGAAUUGUUGUUUUGGGUAUUCAAUCUGCAGGAAAGUCUUCUUUACUAGAACAUAUAGUUGGAAUAGAUUUUCUCCCUAGAGGAUCUGGUGUUGUAACAAGAAGACCAUUAGAAUUGCGUUUAUCUAAUGCUCCAGCUAGCGUUUGUCCCACACCAACAGCAGAGUUUGUUGAAGAAAUCAAGGGCAAAAAGUUCACUAAUUUUGAAGAAGUUCGGAAAUAAAUAAACGAGUUGACUGAUAAGGUAUGCGGAUAGGCUAAAAACAUUAUAGACAAGCCUAUAAUUUUAGCAGUCCAAGGACCUAAUUGUCCUGAUCUAACUUUAGUAGAUCUUCCAGGAAUCACUCGUAUACCAAUUGCAGGUUAGCCCACAAAUAUUGAAGAAAUAACAACCAAUAUGGCUAAAAGAUAUUGUGAAGACAAAUCAGCCAUCAUAUUAUGUGUUGUUGCUGCGAAUGCUGAUAUGACUACAUCUGAUGCAUUGUUGUUGGCCAAGAAAUUAGAUCCAGAUGGUGUUCGAACAAUCGGAGUCUUGACUAAAAUUGAUAUUAUGGAUUAGGGAACGAAUGCAUUCAAAAUGCUUAAAGGAGAAGAAGUGCCAUUAAAAUAUGGGUACGUUGGAGUGAAAUUGAGAUCCUAAUAAGAAAUCAAUGAUAAUAUUCCUAUUAUCUAAGCUGUUCUUAGAGAAAAAAACUUUUUUGCAAACCAUCCUGUGUAUUCCACUAUACCAGGAGAAAUCUUUGGAACUCAGGUUCUGACUAGAAAAUUAACUACAAUUCUCUACAGAAGAAUUAGAAGUUUCCUUCCAGAGUUAAUGAAAGAGAUAAAUAAUAGAGUUGGCAAAAUCUAAGUUAGAUUAGAUGUCUUGGGUCCAGGUCUGCCAAUCGAAGAUUCUGAUAAAAUGCAUUAUAUUUGGAAGUUAAUACAUGAGUUCUCAGUUAGAUUUAGAAACUCAAUUACAGGAUCUUAUUAAAAGGUUAAAUCAGCAAGGAAAAAUGAUUUCUUCCAAGUUCCUGCUGGAGCCAAAAUAAAACUCUUAUUUUAAGAAUUAUAUGAUGAGUUUAAUGACCUUGAUUACCUAGCAUUAAAGAAAUAUUCUGAAGAUGAUAUUACAUAAGUUAUCCAGAAAUAUUCAGCAUUAACUAUUCCUGGAUUUCUUCCUGUUGAUGCAUUUUAUGCACUAUUGAAUCCAGAAUUAAAAAGAUUGCAAUAACCAGCCUUCAACAUUAUUGACGAAGCUUAUUCAAUUCUUGAAGAAUACGCAAUAGCAAUCUUGGAUGAUUAAUUAUAAACAAUUCCAUCUGUGCUUAAAAUGUUGGAGGAAUAGGUUCUUGAAAUUAUCUAAGAGUGCAAAUAAAAUGCCUAAAACUCUGUGUAGGAUAUUUUGGAUGCUGAAAUGAACUAUGUCUUCACAAAUGACUUUAAUUAUUUGGCUGGCAAAUAGUAUAUUAGAUUUGGUAAACCUGCCAAAGAAGCUUAACCUGUUAAAGGAUAGUAUAUGGUGGCCGAAUUAAAAAAUAAAAUUGAACAUUAUUUUAAAUUAGUUGUUAGAUCAACAAGGGAUAAUAUUCCUAAAUUAGUUGGUUACUUUUUAGUGAAGGGAUGCUAAACUAAAAUGCUUAUGUAAUUACAAUAAAAUUUAAUGUAAAACCAAUAUCUGCUCUAAGCAAUAAGUGAAGAUUAAAAUAUAGUAGAAGAGAGAAAAAAAUUAAAUAAAGAAGUUGAGACUUUUAGAAAUGCAUAAAAAAUCAUUAAAAGAGAUCCUGAUCUCUCCGAAUAUAUCUUAUCUGCUUAAGAAGAUUUGGCUGCUGAAUAAUAAUAAUAAUAAUAAUAGUAAUAACUCUAGUAAAAUAAGCCUUAAUAAUAGUAAUAAUAACAAUAAAAAUAAGAUCCAAAGACUUAAGCCAACACUUAGAAAUAAGAACCAAACAAAGCUCCUAUCGUUCAAACAUCUAAUGAUACUUCUAAAAAUUCAAUGUCUGAUGCACAAUAAUAAAAAUAAUAAUAGUAAUAAUCAUAAUAAUAGCAAUAAUAAUAAUAGUAAUAACAAAACCAAUAACAGACUUAAUAAUAACAAUCAAAAUAACAAACAAAUCUAUUUGGAGGCGCAUCAAAAACUCCCUAACCAUAAGUGCCAUAAUAAAACGCUAACCCUUUACAAGCAAAUAAGCCAUCUUCAUCUUAAACAUUAACAUAAUAAUACAAUUAAUAGGUUGAUAAAAAUGUUGCAGCAUUUUAUGAAGAUGAAAGAGUAAAAGAAUAAAUGAAAAAUGCUGGAGGUUAAGCAGCCAAAGCAGCUGUAAAAAGUUAAAUUCCAGGGGCUCCAGAUUGGGCUUUAGGUGCUGCCGAAAAAGUAGGAUAAUAAGUUGCCACUAGUGAUGCUGCAAAACAAGCUGCGAUUAACGCCACUUCAAAUUAAUUAAAAGUAGAUGAUUAGACAUAAUAAUAAAAUUAAUAAUAAGGUGCAUAACCAAAGAAAGGAGGAUUAUUUGGAUUCAUUAACAAAUCAUGAUAGAAGCUUUAGACAAUUAUGUUAAAAUUCUAUAAAUAAAAUAUUUAAUUCCUUUUUUAGCCUUCUCUA